GUCGCCGGCCAUCGCGCCCGCCCGCCGCUCGUCUCGAAACCACGGUCUCGCUUCCCACCGUCUCAGCUCGCCAUCCUCUCCGCACGCCGGUUUCGCGGUUUCUUGCAUGCAGCCUAUAAAUCCGGCCGGAGCACCCAGCUCUGUCCCAUCUCAUCUCACACCACUACUACUCAUCUUCCCUCACACACUUCACACACUUCACUGCUUUCGCGGUGUUCUCGUGCCACCAACCUCCCUCGCUAAGAUGUCGACGGUGACCCGCGCCUACCUCGACCAGAGGCUCGCCGCCGCCAAGCGCUGCUCCAGAGAGGCUGCCAUGGCCGGAGCCAAGGCCGCGGCCGUCGCCAUUGUCGCUGCCGCAGUGCCCACCCUGGCGAGCGUGAGGAUGCUUCCGUGGGCGAGGGCGCACCUGAACCCAACCGGGCAGGCGCUCAUCAUCUCCACCGUCGCCGGGAUGGCCUACUUCAUCGUCGCGGACAAGACCAUCCUGUCCAUGGCCAGGAAGCACUCCUUCAAGGACGCGCCGGACCACCUUAAAAACACCUCCUUCAACUAAUGAGCCUAUAAUAGAUCCAUUAGUAGUACUGUAAUGUUCGGGCAGCACUUACGUGGUAUCAGGCGAGGCUUGCAGACAGCCAGUGGUGUAGUAGUGCGCUUCUCUGCGCGCAAGAACUUAUCUGAUGAAGUGAUCUUGAAUUAAUAAUGACUAGCAUUUGUAAACUCGGCUUCACCUGCCAUCACCCAUCUUACAUUU